AUGAAACAAUCACAGUCAGGAUCCUCAUUAUUUUCAAUUAAUGUUCAAGAUGAUAUCAUACAAGACCUUUUCAAGCACAUGAAAGAUGAAAUUGAUUCAUUAAAGUAUCGCGUUUCGUAUUUAACAGAUGAAUUAAACUCAAGACCAUCAGUUGAAGACUUCAGAAAGUUAUCACAAGCUGUAAAAGAACUUCAAGAUACAAAUAAAACAUACGAAAAUUACAUGACUCAAACGAUUGAUUCAGCAAAAACUGAAUUAGGAAAAAUGAUUGAAGGUGGUAAAAAAGAUGUUAAAUCUCAGAUGGAAGAAACUACAUUAUCAAUAAAUCAAGUCAUUCGUGCGCAAAAUACAUUGAUGGAUAAAAAGGUAUUUGAUAUGACAAGGCCAACAUUCGAAUUUAAUGAAAUGAAGCGUUCAGUAACAGUAAUUAACGAGCAAAAUGCAGUAAUAGAGAAGAAACUGGACAAAAUUUUUACUUGGAUUGCUGGCUUCAUUAAUGAAGCGUUUCCAGACAAUGGACGUUGUAGAAUAACUCUUGAAAAGAUCUUUGAAUCCCAUAUAUUACCAAUAAAUAAUCGCAUUGAUGAAUUAGAGACAAAAAUUAAUGAUGGACUUACAAGAAUUGGAAAACUCGAAACAACAUUCUAUAGAAUAUCUGAUCUCACUAAAGCGCAACUUCCAACUUAUGAGUCUGUUAAAAAAGUUCCAUUUUCUUCUCAUCCAAAAUUACCUAAAUUAACUAAGGUUAGAUCAUUUACAGAUUACUUUAACUAUCUCAUGCAAGUUGUACCUACAGCUCAAAUGAUUUUCAAACUAUUCUACGAAGAAGUAGAAAUUUUGAAGAAAGCUGUAGGCGAAUCAACAAUAGAGGAGUUAGAAAGAAAGAGAGAGCAAGAAGAAAAUGAAAUGGCAAACUUUGUUAAAUAUGAAGAACUUGAAGGUGUUAAACAACAAUUAUCUCAGAUGCAAUUCUCUGCAAUAAAUAAAGAUGAUCUCAAAGUUGUCCAAGAAGAUAUAAGGAAUAUUAGAGAUACAACAAUUAAUAAAGAUGAAUUUGAAGCUACUGUUGAUAGAAUGAAUUUCAAUAUUAAUAAAGUUGAUCAAAAGGCUUCAGAAGGUAUUCAGAAAUUAGAAUUAUCUCUUGUUGAAGCUAAAAUGAAUAUUCCUUCAUCUCCUGCUUAUACGGAAGUUAAGCCAAAAGGACAAACAAGUUUCAAGAUCAUUUUUGGAGAUUCAAACAAUGGAAAUGUCACCUCGCGAAGUGUUAUGUCUCGGAAGAGUGAAGACCCUAGAGUGAUGUUACCAGGAAUACAGCAGAAAAGGCCAGUUACGGGAAUAUUAUCUUCAAGAUCUUCUCAAUCUAUGAAAAAUCCACACUAG